AUGGCUACUGUAUCAUCAUCAUCGUCAGACUUCUCGACAGCUCCUAUUUCUCGCUCAGGUAGUGGAGUCGAAAUUCAAUCAAAACAGAUUGGGAACAGUAGUAAUAGUCCCAAUUUAGCUUCAAAUUCUAAAAAACAUGAUUCAACAAAUACAUCAAACAAAGUGAAAAGAAAACGUAAUAGAGUACCUUUAAGUUGUACCAUUUGUCGUAAAAGAAAAGUUAAAUGUGAUAAAAUUAGACCUCAUUGCCAACAAUGUACAAAGACUGGGGUAGCACAUUUAUGCCACUAUAUGGAACAAUCAUGGGCAGAAGAAGCUGAAAAGGAAUUAUCGAAAGAAACCGAGUUGAAAAUGCUUAGAGAUAGAGUCAAAUCUUUAGAAAAAACGUUAUCUAAAAUACAUAAUAAUAACAACAAUACCAAUGGUUCUGCUACAUCAAUAGAUACUAAUGGAACUAAUGAAAAGAAUAAUGAAGGUAAUUCGAAUAGAAGCAAUGCAAUAAACAUAACCAACACAGCACUGCCUAAUGUUUCCACUAUAAAUUCAACAGAUAAAACGAUAGUUUCUUCUGCGGUUGAAAAUCAAUUAAUGAACUCUCAAAAUAAUGAAAAUAAUAAAGUAUCGCGAGAAAUAAUAUCAAUGGAAGAUAAACAAUUAUCAGAACACGAUACUGAUGAAUUAGACCUUACAAAACAAUUCGAUAUGUUACAUAUCAAAAAUAAUGGGACCAUUCAUUUGGGUGCUACUCAUUGGUUGGCCAUUAUGAAAGGUGAUCCAUAUUUGAAAUUAUUAUGGGGUCACAUUUUCAAUAUUAGAGGCAAGAUUAAUGAAUGGUAUUCACAAAGAUUAAAUGCUUCAAAAAAGAAACAUGGGAUGAAGAAUGCAAAUAAAGUAGGCAAAUGCCCUGUAAUGCAUAAGACAAAAGGUCAAUAUCAUAAUUUACCACUACCACCAAAUCAUCCUCCAUUGCACGCAGGGAGUUCGGGUAAAUGUCCUGUGGCUCAUAGAGUUAUAAAUAAUAACAACAAUAGUAGUAGUAGUAGUAAUAAUAACAACCCUAUGAUCAAUGCUCCUUCUCCACUCCCACCAAAUCAUCCACCUAUAGAUCCAAAUAAUCCAAAUGUUUCAAAAUGUCCAGUAGCUCAUAGAAACACAUUUAAUUCUGGUGUCACUCAAGGAAGAUGCCCAGUAAUUCAUUCUUCUAGUCCAUCUCCUGUUCCAUCCAUACUUCCACUAUCUAAUAGUAGUACGGAUUCUAGUGCCAUUGCCCCAACAGGCAAAUGUCCCGUUGAUCAUGCCAAGAUAUUGGCAAAUUUGAAUGGGGGUGUUAAAUUAGAAAAUAAUGCCAUGGGGUUAUCAUCUUCUAAUUUAUUGAGUUUCACAAAAAAUAUCAAUGGUAACGGUGAGCAGCAAGAUAAUCUGGAUCUUUCUAAAUUAUAUGGAGCUCCAUCACCAUCAUUACCUUCUUUUCAAAAUAUUGCAUCCAGGAUACCGUCUUCAACAAACCUCAACGGGAACGUAAAUGGAAAUAAUAAUAAUAAUAAUAAUAAUAAUAUAAAUGGUAGAUUCAAGAAACCUCAACCAAUCUAUCACCCUUAUGUAGCCUCAUUAUCAUAUGGACAAAUUGUGGAAAGAUUGAAUGAAUUAUUACCACCGAAAAGAAUAAUUAACCUAUUUGUAGAUAAAUUUUUCAAACAUAUUUAUCCAACAAUCCCAAUUAUUGAUGAAUUAAAUUUCAAGAAUCAUGUUAACCAGAUUAUCAUUUCAAGAAAUCCAACUACAAUUAGUAGUGAUGUUACUUCACCUAUCCAGUUGAAUUUACAAAAGAAAUUAACAGAUUAUUGUUACCUAGGGAUAUUGGUCAUCAUAUUAAGACUUACUUGGUUAUCUUUACCACCUAAUUCAUGUAAACUAGAUUUAGGUAAUAACGCAUCCAAUAGCUAUUUGAUCCCAAACGUUAAUUCAAUGAGUACUACAGCGUCAAAUUUAAAGGAAGAUGCGUUAUUAAUCAAAUAUGAAACUUCAUUUGAAGCUUUAGAAUUGGUUAAGAAAUACUUAAUUAAAUUCGAUGAAAUUGCAAGUUUAUCGAAUAGAAAUAUUAAUUUGACUACUAUUCAAUUUGCCAUCUUCUAUAAGCUGUACACAACUUCAUGUCCAAACAGUUAUGGCGCUAAUGAUACCCAUGAUAAUGAAAAUAAUCAAAUAUUAUUAUCUUCAACUAUUCAAAUGGCUUUCAGUUGCGGGUUACAUAGAGAUCCUGACAAUUUCCCACAGUUAAGUGCUGUUUCUCCUCAAAAUGGCAGUAUGGAUCAAUCUUCCACAUCAAAUUCCAAUUUCAAUUCAAUACAAGGUGUUCAAAUAAAAAGUGAGUCACAAAACAUUAAUAAAAAUAACAAUAAUAUACCUCGUAAUAAUAGUAAUAGCAAUAAUAAUGAUGCUGGUUUCCCUGCUAAUACCGGUAAAGAUUCUCAAAAUUCAACAGAAAGGUUCAAGCACACAUGGAGGAAAAUAUGGUAUUAUAUUGUUCAAUUAGAUGUUAAGCAAUCAUUAUCAUUAGGUACACCAAGAUUAUUAAGAAAUUUAAAAGAUUUUAGCGAUACUAAGUUGCCAUCAUCUUCUAAGAUUGAUUAUGUCCGUGAUAUUAAAGAGUUAAUCAUUAUUAAGAAUUUUACAUUGUUUUGGCAAAUUGAUCUUUGUAUAAUAGCUGUUUUGAAUCAUAUUUUGAAUAUUUCAUUAGCGAAAAAUGUAAGAAAAUUUGAACUAGAUUCAUUAAUCGAAUCAUUGAGUUCGCUAACUUACGGUAAAAAAAAUAUUAAUGAAGUUAUUAGUGAACUAAUCAAUAAAGGGUUGUUACCCACAACAGAGGCAUCUGUCAAUUACCAAGAAGGUGAUGAUCUUUAUGGACUACCUAGUUUAGAAGAAAUAAUGGGUACUUUAUCACAGAAUCAAAAUGGAUUCACUACAAACAGUGGAGAAAUGUAUGAUAAGAAAUUCGAAUCACCUCAUGAAUCUACGACAAGAGCGUUGUUUUUCUCUAAGCAUAUGACCUUAAGAAUGUUGUUAUAUCUUUUAAACUAUAUUCUCUUCACACAUUAUGAACCUAUGGAUAAUGAAGAUAAAGCAUGUGCGGAUUUAGCUAAAUUUUAUGCUCAAAAAUCCUUGAAUUUUGCAAUGGAUGGAUUUAGAAAUUGUUUAAUCUUUUUUAAUAAUGUGAAACAGUCCAAUUCCACUUCAACUACUUUUGAAUAUCUGGGUACUAUCUUAUCACCUCAUUGUUUAGACAUUGGUAACAGAGCUUUACAAUUCAUUGUUUGUUUGCUAAUUCGUGCUAAAUGUGGACCACUAACUGGUAUGAAGGAAAGUUCAAUUCUGACAUAUAGUAGUGGUAAUGAAGAGUCAGAUUCCGAAUUAAAUGAUCUCAAGAAAAGGAAGGAUAAUAAGCCCUCUGAAAUUGAUACAGAAGUUGUAGAGUUAAAUUCUAAUUUGGUUAGUGAUUUAGAUAUCAAUUUAGGUGACGCAUUAAUUGAUAAAUUACUAUUAAGAAUGAUGUUAUUCCAUAAAUUAACUAAGCAGUUAAUUAGCAAAUAUUCGUAUGCAAGAACAGUCGCGAAAUCUACUGGGUUUUUCAUUACAUUAUUGAAUGAACGUCAAUUGCCAAAGGGUAAAACUGCAAGUGGUUGGAAGCAUCCAAAGAUUACAGAUUUUUUCAAGAAUGUUCCAUCCCUUGUUCUCUCUGAAGAUACUGAAAGAGUUAAAAGAUGUCCUGUGUAUCAAGAUGCUUUAGGUUUCAUUGUUCCUAGAUCUUCCAAUAGUACAAUAUCUACAAAUGCAUCACAAUUAUUAUCUACAAAAUUAGGUAGGACUCAAUUACCUCCAAUUAGAACAUACAAUCCUAUCACAUAUACUGAUAGUAAUUUACGUACAUCGAUGAAUACUAAAGAGCCUCAAACGAGUUCUGUGGAUGAUCCAUUUGCAAAAAGACGUAAAUUGGAUGAGGUUCCAGGAGAACAAAAUCCAUUAUCGCCAUUUGCUCAGUCUCCUUUACCUCCUUUACAAGCUUUAGCACAUGUUAGUUCAAUAACAAGUAAUGAUAACGCACUAGCAAAUGUAGACAAUAAUAUGUUAUCAUCAUUGGAUAAAAUUUCCAAUGGAUCUCGAUACAUAAUGAGUAAUGGUCAAUAUGCUCCAAACAAAAAUACAAUGGAAUCUUCUCAAUUGAAUACUAACGGUAAUGGCAGUGGUAAUAAUAACAAUAAACCUAAAAGUAUUGUUGGAAAUUUCUCGGAUGGUGCGGGUAGUACUAAUUUGAAUUCAUUUACGACGCCAGAAUCAGACCUUACCAAUACUCCUGACUUUGAAGAUUUUCUUUUACAAAACUCUAAUUUCAACGGAUUAUUUAUCAAUCCUUCAAGCUUAGUUGAAGCAAUGAACGAAAUCACUACGACGCAAAAUACGAAUAACGCUGCUAGUGGUAAUAAUUCUACAACCAAUCCAGGCAAUUUAAAUCAAUUAGGGUUGAAUGGUAUGAAUGUCAAUAAUAAUGAUACUACAAAUAUUAACAGUACCAAUGAUCAAGUUGAUAUUACAAAUGUGAACGGACAAGUGAACAAUGCGGGCCUUGAGAAUAUUACAGGUGAUAUUAAUGCAUACAUGAAUAAUUUAGAUAAUUUAGACUUCUUUUUGCCCUUUGAUAAUGGUGGACUUGAAGAUUUGAAUAAUCCAGGUGAAUUUACUCUUUGGGAUUAA